AUGUUUCUGCGCCGCAUUAUCGCGCCGUUAAUACUUGCUGAACUAAUUCUCGUGAUCAGCGGUUCCCCUCUAGUUUCAAAUUAUCUUAUCGAGCAGUUCAUCAAUGCUGCAACGGCAUAUGGGCCGGGGCUAGGAGUAUUUGCUCCAUACACUUACGUAGACGUUUCGUACAAUGAUCUCCCACUCAUUGGUAAGAUACCAACUUUGGGCAAAGAAGGUACCAGUUCUCGCCUCGGCGUUAGCCCGUUCCUUCCAGAAGAAGGAUACCCUGGAAUUCCAGCUUUAACGCUUUACAGAGCCAAUCCUUUGCCGCCACAUGUGCCUGAGCCUGUCGACGUAGUUGCAGUACCGCUUGAUGAAGAAGCGUUACAUGGAGAGCCGUUAUUUCCAAAAGAACUUGUACUGCCGUCGGAAAUGGAAUAUGCCGGUACUGCAAAGACUGGCGAAAUUGAAGGCAAUGUUAAGACUCCGUUUGCUGGUUCUGAAUCUGAUAGAGAUAUGGUUAUUUGGCCGGAAAAAAAACCACAAGGUUAUGAAGAGUCUUUUGUUGAAGAAGUUGGUGACGAGCUAAAAACCAAGGUAUCUUCAGCAGAAUUACCACCAAAUCCAUUCCAUUAUUAUAAAUAA